AUGGGGGCGGUGUUGCGGUUGAUGCAUUCUGGCUAUCCAUCCCGGACCGGCUUCAAGGAGCUGUACGACAUGUAUUCGGCGGUGUUACCUCCUGAAUUGGCUCGACUCGAUCCACGGCUGUUCUGCAAGUGUCUUUUCCGUGUCCUUGGCCUGAACACGACCGACUUCAAAUUCGGCCUCACCAAGGUCUUCUUCCGGCCGGCAAAAUUUGCCGAAUUCGAUCAGCUCCUUCGCCAAGACCCGGCAGCAAUGGCAAUACUCGUGUCAAAAGUGAAGAAAUGGCUGAUUGGCGUCCGGUGGAGGAAGGCACAAUAUGGAGCGUGGAGUGUUAUUAAAUUGAAAAACAAGAUCGUCUGGCGUGGAGAUCAACUGAGGACGAUACAACGAUACGCUAGGGGAUAUUUGACACGACAGAAGUUAUUGCCGAGGUUAUCCCUCUACCGUAAGAUCGUGGCGCUGAAGAAGAGAGGCGCCGAGAUGCAGAGUAUCGUCGAGAAGCUGGGCCCGAAUUCGAAGGAUGGAUGGGGAAAAGAAGUCGAUUCCACGCAGCAAAAUAUCAUUCAAUUGCUCUAUCAAUGCAAGAAACGCGAAAUGGAGCUGGACGCAUGUGCAAAGAAUUAUGAAGAAUGCUUGCGACGCGUCGACAAAAUCAUUAAUGCGCUGAGGGGUCAAAUGGCGGCUGAUGAAGCGGAUAGACUGGCCAGGAUUGAACGCCAAAUUAAAAUGGAUCGGGAGAGAGAGGAGAGGGAAAAGAUUGAGGAGCGGAAGAAUAUCGAAAUGAGGGAAGAAAAUGAGAACCGGCGCCGCGAGAUGGAGGAGGAGCGACAAAGGGCGGAGAAGACGGCAAUGGAUGAAAUGAAGAAGAGAGCUGUCAGGGAAGAACAAGAGAGAAUGGACGCAUUAAUGGCAGCCAGAAUGGAAGAACAAGAGAGAUUGGAUGGACAGCUGGCUGGCAGAUUGGCUGCUGAAAAGGGAGGAGAUGCCACCCUCAUACAACAACAAAUCACAUCCGCAUCAUCGUCUUAUAGUUCUUCGACGUCAUCUGGUAACAAUAACGACAGGAGGAAUUCGAAAUACGAUCUGUCAUCAUGGAAAUAUGCAGAACUACGCGAUACUAUCAACACAUCGAAUGAUAUGGAUCUUCUACUGGCGUGUAAAGAGGAAUUCCACCGUCGUCUCCGCUAUUUCAAUGCGUGGAAACAGAAGAACCAAACGGACAAAGAGAAGGCAGAAGAUGCUCGUCUCCCGUUCAACGCGAGAUGCGGCCAGAAAACCAUACCGGCAGGUGAAAACACGGAAUAUGGAAGUGGUCAACAGGGAAUGUGGUACGGCCAUUUCAACGGACAAUGGGUACAACGACAAAUCGAACUCCAUCCCGACAGACAGCCACUACUUCUCAUUGCUGGUCGUGACGAUCUCCAGAUGUGCGAGUUGCCGCUCGACCAGACGCCGUUGCCGCUGAAAAAGGGCGCCGAGAUCCUUGAGCACGAGUUCGAGACGGUAUGGGCACAUCUAGGGGGACAGCCGAUGCCACGAUGGAAUCCG